AUGGUUGAAGCGCCUGAGAUGGAAAAGAUGUUAUUGAUGAGCAAACUAUUCCAACUUGGAGGCCCCGACUUUGAUGUACCAUUGGGAAGAAGUGACAGUAUAACCUUCAAUGUAACUGCACCAGACAAUCUUCCUGUACCAUUUGAAGGAACCGAUGAACAAUUAAGACUUUUUCAAUCUAGAAAAUUUGAUGCUACAGAUUUAGUUGCUCUAUCUGGGGAACACACUUUUGGUCGAUCCCAUUGUCCUAUAACCAUUGAUACAAACCCACCAAUAGACCCAAAUUUCAAAAAACAACUCGAAGCGACAUGUCCGAAUGACCAAUCACUGAACACAAUUAACUUGGAUAUUACAAGACGAACGAAGUUCGAUAACAUGUACUAUAUUAAUCUCUUGAACCACCAGGGUGUGUUUCCAUCUGAUCAAGAUUUGGCAAGUCAUCCUACGACUAAGGAGAUUGUGAACCUCUUUGCUUCCAACCAGAAUGAGUUUUCUAAUAAAUUUGCUAAUGCUUUUGUUAAAGUUAGCCAAUUGAGUGUUUUGAUUGGAAAUCAAGGAGAAAUUCGAAAGUCAUGCUUUGCUCCAAGUAAUCGGCAAUCUAAUAUGGCGUAUGUGGUCGAAGAGGUGGAGGAAAUUGCAGCAAACAUAUAA